AAACAACAUGUGUGUCUGUUCCUAUGCGAUAUGGGACAUGACAGCUCCAGUGAGACUAUAAGACAGUCAGCGAUCUCCUUGAGCUAGAGUAACACGAGCGCUGGCCUUUAUCUGACAGAUAAUGCACCGGGUGAGUGAGCAAGAGAGCGAGUGAGAGACAGCAGAGACAGAGCACUGUGUUGUGAUACAGUGGAAAGCAGGAGGGUGAACUGGGGUAAAUGGAGCUCUAUCUCUGCUCCUUUUCUCUCUUGUUCCCACCCUCUCUUUGCUCCCUCCCCCGGACUGCAGGAGUUGUGGGAGUUUUACGUGACUGUGAGAGCUCUUCUAAGUACUUUAAAGCACGCCGGGCGAAGCUGUAACAUUCAUAUUCAGCCGGGAAAUAACGGAGGACUCGUUCUGAAUUCACAGGUCUAUAUGGUUUAAUUCCCUUGGAUUUCUUUGGAUCUGGGACUGUAAACAAUUUUAAAGAGAGACAAACAACAGAGGCAGAUCUUAUUUUGCUGUUGGAUUCUUGGUUGGGGAGAAAAGGUGUUAGUGCCUGGACUCAAGGCGGAGAUGGACGCAGGUCCUCUGGCAUCAGUGGCCGAGGGUUCUCCGGAAGGAGAGACAGUGUGUGCAGCUUUGGCCCGCUACGAAAACACAUUACGGGAUGCCGUGCGCGAGAUCCACGUGGAUGUCAGCGCUUUCAAGCUGGGCAUUGAGCGGAGGUUGGAAGAGGCCAUUCAUAUGAGUGGACCUCUGGGUCGAGCCGUGGCCCAAUUGCAGCAGGAGAACCGGCAGCUCAGGGGCCAACUUGAGGCCCUCACACGGCAGGUAGAGAUGCUGACUGGUUCGGUGUGUGAUAGAAGUCCCCUCCUCAGCGGAGGAUCACCUCCACCGCAGAUAAACAGCAGCACCGCAGGGCGCCAGUCUCCACCUUCUCUAACCGGCACCGUGGCACCCAGUGUGACAGCCCUGACAGGCUCUGCGAGUGGAUCUGCCUCCAGCCCCAGUGCCACACGCUUCUCCAGCAGAGCCACCUUUGCAGUCACCAGCAAAACUAAUAGCAUUGAGAGGGACGAACCCAUUGAAGUAGAUCCAGCACCCGUUACCCAAGGGUUGGAGAAUGGACAUUUGCCGUUAGCAGAAAACUCCACUGUGCCUUUAAGGGAAAACUCACCGGCCAAUGGUGUUUCACAAGAACACACAGCACCUGUACCUAUGGCAAUGCCACACCUGCCCAUCACAGCAACUACCAAAGUAGCCGACUCUGCAGUUAUGAAGAGUCCAGAAUCACCUGGUAGCCCGAUGCAAGCAAUGCCUUCUGCUAUAACAGAUUCACUAACAAACAGUCAGCCGCUCACCAGAGACAACCAGCCACAACCUGAAUCAACUGUUCAUGCAGUAUCAUCUAUAAAAACAUGGGCUCCAACUCCUGCUAGGACUAUGGGUUCUCCACGGCUUACUGAGAAUCCAUCUUCUGCUUUGGCAAAGUCAGUGACUUACUCUGGGCUGUACCCACAAAAUACAGAAAGGAAUGUGGAUAUGGCUGGAGAUUUAUCCUUUGGUAGAGGCAUUGAACGCAGACGGGAGCUCUUUAGGUCACAAACUCUACCUCGAAACAUUGGAGCCCAAGCACGCAGGUCCAUUUUCGAGAGGCUGGAUUCUGAGAACAUCAAUCGUUCCAAGCCUGUUGAUUCCAAACCAAAGCUUAAACGAUCUCAGAGUUUUGGAGUGUCCAGUGCCAGCAGUAUCAAGCAGAUUCUUUUGGAGUGGUGCCGGUCCAAGACCAUUGGGUACCAGAAUAUCGACAUUCAGAACUUCUCAAGCAGUUGGAGCGACGGCAUGGCAUUCUGCGCCCUGGUCCACUCAUUCUUCCCCACAGAGUUUGACUACAAUGUGCUGUUCCCUGCUGAGCGCAAACAUAACUUCGAGUUGGCAUUCAGCACUGCAGAGAAGAAAGCUGGCUGUGAUAGACUCAUUGAAGUGGAGGACAUGAUGGUGAUGGGCAGAAAGCCAGACCCCAUGUGUGUUUUUACCUACGUCCAAUCUCUAUAUAACCACUUGCGCAAGUUUGAAUGAGGUCUCAGCCGAUUCAGUCCCGGCUGACAAUGCUGCACUGCCCACUGCUGGACAAAAUUGAACUCUGAGACAGUAACCAUAGUUUGGGGUUGCAAAAUGUCCAUAGGAAUCAAUGUUGUUAGUCUAGCAUCUAUGUUUGCUUUAAUUCAUCAACUAUUUAUACAGUUGUGUUAGACUCACAUGAGGCUGUAUCUCUGCCAUUCUUCAAUCAAUCGACACUUGGUACGCAUCAUCGAGAACUGGUCUGGGUGUCCAUGCCAAAUUUUGGAAAAGCUCCACCUAUGGGUCACAAGAUUUGAAAAGUUUCAUAACUUUUGAAAUGUUUAUCAGAAAAGCUUGAUCUCGGUGUUGACGGAUUCCUUGGGUCAUACAGAAUAGAUUUUGCCAGGAGUGGAUAACCUGCCUGUCCGUCAUUUUGAAAUUUGUCAUAAAAUUGCAAUAUCUUUCGAACACAAUGACAUAUCAGCACAAAAACUGUCAUACGUUUUUCACAUAAACUUUUAUACAUUUUUCUGAAUUUUGGUUCUCUUUAUUUUCUCUGGUUUAUGCCGAUUCCAUGAUGUCUGAUUUGUCAUAUGUCACAUGGCAUUCUGUUCAUGUUAUUUUAAAACUUAUGAAAAACAGCUUUUUUUGUUACACCUUUUACAAAUUUGGUCACGUUUUUUCCAAACUUGGCCAGCUCAUAUAAUCUUUGGACUGAGCCACACAGAAAUUACUGAAUAUUUUUUUUAUUGCUGACAUUUUCAUGAAACACCUCUCUGAAGUUGACCGUGCUGUCUCUUUCUUAUAAUAAACUAAUCUGAUGGUAAAUAACAUGUGGUGAAUUAAUACACAAAAUCUUCAUUAUGAGUUUAUUCUCACUUAAGGUAUUUGUUUUUUUAAUGUAUUUCUGUUGUUUUUUCUCUGUGCUGCCAUUGCAGCACAUUCUAUGAUUGGCCCAUGUCGCUGCUUGCAGCUCCGACAGGUCUCCACAGCAGUCUUUGAGGAUCUGGGUUUGAACCCUGUGUAGUGUUUGUUACGUUUAUAUAUUAUAAAGUCAACAUUUUGAUUUCAUUUUCACCUAUUCUUCUAAACCUGUCUUUUUUCCAAGUAACGUUAAUUUCUAUUUCUGCUGUUUUUGCUGUUGUGGCUCUGUGCAGCUGUGUCCACACGGUUCUUGCAGCAGUAUUGGUUUUUGGAUAUUUAAAUGCAAACAUCUUACAUAUUGUGGCUUUAAUGGCAACUUAAAAAACAUAUAUUUUUAUAUUUAAUUAUAUGAAUGUCCACACUUAUUGUGGGAAUGUGGGCACAAAAUUGUUAUAUCUCUAGUUAAUAUUAGCCCUCUGGUUUUUUUCUCUUUUGAGGCCAAAAUAGGAAUUGGCUAAUAUAAAAAUAAUUUGUGAAAUCUGUAGCACAUGAGAGGUGUUUCUAAGCACUACAGAACAACAUGAUUACAAAUGUUGCCUUGUUGUGUACAAAACUGAUGAGUCAUUUGUCACUGUAAAUGCGUGAAAGACUGAAUUUUAUCGAAUCAUUUUUUUUGAUAAAAUGCUAAUAAUUAGCAUCUGCCUAAAAGAUACGCAAAUUAUUUUGUAUCUGCUUUUCUGCUUUCACCUUCUCCCGCGGUAACCAGCCAGUUCCAGUCCGGAUCCAGCCUCCCACAUACAGUUGGUGUCACAUUACCCAACAACAAUGAAAGACGACGUCAGCCCAUGCAAGGACUUCAGAGGUUCUGUAAAGAUACAAAAAAUAAGAUCAGGGGAGGGGGAGUGAAGGUGACGCUUCCAUUGUUACGUCAUAUAGUAGAACGCGUCCUCUCGC